AGGAGUUUCAUGGUGUCUAAUAUCUGUCCGUUGGCCUGUUUGGUGUGCCCCACUCUAGCUGCAGCCGAAGCAAGCACAUGGAAGCUAGAGAUACAGCCCAGCAAAGGCAGCCCUCCUUGGGCAAGGCUGCCUGCAUCAUCACUGGAGCAUCCCGGGGCUUCGGCCGGAGCCUGGCCCUGCUGCUGGCCCCACAGCUGGAGGCUGGCUCCAUCCUGUUCCUAGUGGCCCGAUCCCGGGGGGCCCUGGCCGAGCUGGAGGCCAAGUUGCAGUGCAGUUUCCCUGGGCUGACAGUGAAUUCUGUGCCAGCUGACCUGGGCACCGAGGAUGGGGUACAGCUGGUGCUCCAAGUGGUCCUGCACAAGCUACUAGGAGCUGCUGAUCUGCAGCGACUCCUCAUCAUCAACAAUGCAGGAUCCCUUGGAGACAUUUCCAAAUCCUUUGUGGAUUUCACCAGCGCCGCCGAAGUCAACAGCUACUUUGCCUUCAACGUCACCUCGGCGCUUUGCCUCACGUCGUCCAUCCUGAAGGCCUUCCCAGGGCAGCCUGGCUUGUGCAAGACGGUCGUGAAUGUCUCUUCACUGUGUGCCCUGAAACCCUUCAAGAGCUGGACAUUGUACUGCACUGGGAAGGCCUCCCGGGACAUGAUGUUCCAGGUCCUGGCCCUUGAAGAGCCUGGUGUCAGAGUUAUCAAUUAUGCCCCAGGUCCCCUGGACACAGAAAUGCAGCAGCUGGCCCGCACAAAAUCAGGAGACCCAGAAAUACGCCAGCAGUUCCUUAACAUGAAGAAUAGUGGACAGUUGGUGGACUGCAGCCUGUCAGCUCAAAAGCUAGUGAGCCUUCUGCUGGAGGACAUGUUCGACUCUGGGGCACAUGUAGACUUCUACGCAAUUUAAUCUGUCCGUCCCCUUACUUCUCUUUCCAGCAUCUUGGCUUCUGCUUCUGCAACUGAGCUAUCAUAAAAUGC